UCUCUCUUCUCUUCGCUCUAGAGAAGAGGGAGAGAAAACAGAAAGAGGAGAGUGAGUGAGUUGCAAUUAAGGACAAGGAAUAGAUUCAAUAACCAUGGAUAAUCCUUACUUUGUUGUGCCGUACCAUGAUCCAUAUGAUACUCCUCCACUGAGUCCGAGUUUUUUCAACAUUUCCAACCCUACUCUUCUCGAUCUUACCAAUGUCUCCAGUGGAACCGAAUCCAGGCACUCUCAACAAAAGAGUAAUGGAAUUCAAGAGGCUAAUCUCCAACCAACUUUUGAUCCGAUGAUUCAAGAUAAUAACUCUGUUGGAGGAACAGGAGGGAAUAACUUCGAAUCAAUUCCUUUGUUACAAGUGCAUUCUGAAGAAGGUCCGUCGCAUGAUUUCAACAACGAUGUGAAUACAAUUACGCUGUCCCAUUGGCCCCUACCACCAGUCCCGUUUUCUUGUAGCUGUUGUAGUAUCCUCAGAGAAAUUGUUCACACCAAUGGAUUUAACUUUACGAAAGUUGAGAUUCAUGGAAGGCCCGGCUUGAUCUCUCAUGCAAUUCAACAUCCUACUGUGAAUGGGGAUUUUGUUUCCACUGGCAACCUUCAAUAUCAAAUGAUCGAUUUUUGUAGGAGAAGCAUUGAUGACGUGAAGAAUUUCCUAGUUGAGUAUUGCAGAGUACAAAGUGCAGCAGGGUACUUUAUGUUGCAAGAUCCACUAUCUGCUUAUUAUGAGGCCCUAUGCACUGGACUUGAAUGGGUCGAAGAGUUCAGCGAUGACACUGACGAUUUGAAUGCAAGCAAUUCAGAUGAUGAGAAUGAACAAGUGGCUGACAAUGGAGUAGGAGCAUCAGGAAAGGCUCCUAGAAGAUUAUCUCUUUCGGAACAGAGGGAUAGAGCGGGGAAGAUGAAAUUGGACGAUUUUGCCCCUUAUUUUCAUUUUCCAAUUGAGGAAGCAUCGAGGCAAAUGAAUAUCUGCCCCACCGUUGUGAAGAAAAUUUGCCGUAAGGAAGGAUUAUCACGAUGGCCUUACAGGAAGAUCAAAAGCACUGUAAGGCAGAUCUCACAACUUAAGAGAACGAUGGAAUCAAAAGAUGAAAGGUCAAAGGCAAGAAUUCAGGCAGAGAUUUACUGGCUCCAUCUAAAAUUAAGAGAGAUUUGUGCUGGACGAUACCCAUCUGGAAUAGUUAUACCAUGAUUCAAUUGUAAAUAUGUAGAUUUAAUUUGUAGGAUGAAUCUCUGAUUUAAUUGUAAAUAUGUACGCGAGAGUUUUGUAAUUUUUCCCCCUUGUAAAUAGGGUGUGUAUUUGAGUUGACUUUGUGGA